CACAACAGAAGGGACAUAACUCGAGAAGAUAAUUAAGAAAAUCUAUUCUGCUGUAUUGGUCAAUACAGAUCAACAGAUAAGAGAUGUAGCUAGAUUUACUUGAUUGAGGACAACACACAUGAAACAUCAAAGACAGUCAAUUUGGUCAUGGUUCUUUUUAUCUUACAAUAGAGAACAGUAGGGAACUUUGGACGAGCUUUAUCUAUGGGUUUAUACAUCUAUGCGUAAACCUAUACAUACAUUUCACGUUAUCUACAUAUAAAUACAUAUAAAUACAUAUACACAUGUACACGUAACCAGGUGAACCAUUCGUUCAUAGGAAAUAUGAUUCAUGAGAAGAAUUAUUUAAAGUCAGAAUAAAGGAAAUCUACACUUGAGAUAAUUUUGAUUUUGAUGGAUUUGACAAAUUUUCCAGACAAACAAAAAUUUAAAACAAAUGGAGAAAGAACGAGAGAAUUUCUAUCGAAUCAUUUCCCUAGUUCUGAGCCUGGGCACAAAAGCUAAAAGGGAACUCCUGAAACAUUAUUUGUCAACAGAGAAUAUAACACUUCAAUAUCUACUUAGUAUUUAUCAACAUGAUUUGUAUCAUCUUUACUACAACACUGUAAAAUGUUGCAAAUGUACAACAACAAACUACAAGCUGUCAAGAAAAAGGGUUUUAAAUUUAAUUCAGUUGGAAAUAUUGUUCGACAGAAAACCAUCAAAACCUCUUGGUGCUUCAACAUGGCAAUGUAAUGCAUCUGAAUUUUGCUGCUGCCAACUGUCAUCAAAACCGUCUUUAACAGUUGACCAUUUAGACUUCACCCUUGCGAGGUGUUUAUUAGUUAAUUGUUGUGAAAAACUUUUCACUGAUAGCUUACUGGUUGGUGAGACGACAGAAUCUUUCCUAAACAAGCAUCAGCACGACCUGUACCAUCUAUGGCAACCACAAACUACUUGUUGUUUGUGUCCAAAAGGCUGCCAACCAAACAAUAAAAAUCGGAUCAUAACGGACAAACAGUGGACAAAUAUUUAUAAUGUCACAAAUCUAAAAACCACAUGUCCCUCCUGUGGUAGUCUCGGGGAUGCGUGCAAUGCAAGGGCUAUAUCAGGAAUAUCAUUGAAUAAUAUACAAGAUAAAAAGUUCAUUAGAAUCAUGUUGAUGAAUCUGUGUUUCUUAAGGAAAAAAGUAGACGAACUUACUGACAUUAGAAACAUGGUGUAUGGACAUGCUCUGGAAGUGUCGAUUUCAGACCAAGAAUACGAAGCAAAAUGGCAGCAAGCGGAAGCUUGUAUUUUAACACUUAGCAGAGAAUGUUCCAGAGAAACUGAAUGCGAAUUUCUUAUGAAAAUUGACUUCAUCAAAACAGGAGCUCUAGAGGAAAGUCUAUACCAGCAAUACCAUACCAGCAUAUUGAAAGAAAUAAGAGAUAACACUGAUAUCAAACAAGAUAUUUUACAACACUUAGAACAUACAUCCGACCAAAUGGUGUCAAAUCAAACUUCUAUAGACAGAACACUUGACGCUUUGAAUGAAAAGAUUGACCGAGUGUUAAAUACCUCACAAAAACUUCCAGUUCAAACAUCAUCUCAAAGUAUUCAAACAGAACCACAGGAUGCAAAAGAAACUGAUGAUGAUUUCAUGACAAAAUUCAACCACAAAAUUACUGAAAAAGAAAAAGACAUCAUAACCCUAAAUAAGAAAAUCAGUGAUGCAGAAACGUACAAAAGAGUCCAUGUUGAGAAAACUUCACAAAUAAAACAAGCAAUAAAUGAAAGAUCAAGACUUUUACAGGAAGCCAUUGUUUUAAAAGAGAAAGAGCUUAUUAAAGAAGUAGAAACAAACAAAUUUGAUGCUGUUCAGAAACUGGAUGAGUUCAUAAAGAAAUCAGUUGAAAUGGGACAAAAGCAUGAGAAAAAGAUUAGUAAUUAUAAAAAGAUACUGGAAAAUAUAAAAGAAGACAAGGAAAUGGCUAUGCAGUUUGUUCAAGACUCAGAACCCAUAUUAGAUUCUAUGUCUCUCAGUGUGAAGCUGGAUUUUCCCUGUCCUUUAACUUUUGAAUACAAAUCAUCCGCUGAUGUCCGAACAUUGUUUGGAGAGCUGAGAGAAGACAACAGGAUCGGACCAGAUGGGAAAGAAAAGUCAAAGUACUGUGAUUCUCUAGACAUUAUAAACAAAUUCAAAGUUGAAACUGGCGAUUCAUCAGUCUAUACUAUAAAUGUUAGACCAGAUGGAAAAACAUGGGUUUCCACAAUGAAUAAAAACCUUUGCCUUGUGAAUAGGUUAGGGAAGAUCUUAGCAAAAGAAAAACUUGAUUUCCUUAUUUUCUUUUCUACCUGUGAUAAAGAUGGGAAUUUAUAUUGUUCAAGUCGGGACAGAAGUAUCAACGUGGUGCAUCUUGAUACAGCAGACUCCAAAAAUUACACUAUAUGUGAAUUUGAAAACAUGUACCCUUAUCUUACCAGAGGAAUUGGUACAAAUAAAGAAAAUCACCUAUUGGUUUUGUUAUGGAAGAAUGAUAAAAGUAAAAUUGCUAUCUUCUCAGAACAGAAAAUGCUUAUAAAGGAAAUCCAGUUAGAUAUUGAUAAAACACCUAUUUUCAAUGACACUCAUUAUAUAACUCAAAAUAAUGAUGGUGACAUAUACCUCUCAGGUAAUUCACAUCUAUUUUGUUUUAAAACACAAGAUAUGAGUUACCAAUGCCUUCAACCAUCUGAUGAAACAUGGGAAGGAAAAAGCCUAACUAUAGAUCCUUUUAAUAAUCUUAUUAGUACUGAAUGUCCAAAAUGUUUGAGACCCCUUAGCAUCCAUGUGACCAACCCAAUGGGUGAAAUAAUUAAAACUUUUACCAUACAGGGACCAGGUAUGUAUGGUAUGAAUGGAUUAACCGUGGAUUAUAAUGAAGCAGAACCAGUUCUAUGGAUGUCUACAACAACAGGUCAUGUCAUCAUUGCAAGAUUUGUAAACCAUGACAAAAAUACAAUGUAAAAUACAUGUACAAACAGUAAUCAAUUUCUCCAAUACUGCUUGCGGAAAUAAAAUCCUUCAUCGUCA